AUGGCGAGCCACGCGGCAGACAGCAAUGGCGACAUUGACAUCAAAUCGAGAGGACAGCAGAGUCCAUUGGCGUCAAGGAGGGCGAUGAACAAUGUUGGUACUAAAAGAUUUGAUGGCUUGUUCCCCUUAGGCUAUAAAGAAGCCUUGGGUCAAUGGUGGGCCAGCAUACCAGCUGCUCAGGCAGAGCACAAAGUCCUUUCGUUUAUCCCGUACCUUCAGCAACCCCCUACCCAACUAAUCACGAAUUCUGCUCCACCCUCAGCCUCGCCCUCUGCCGCAUCCCUAGAGAGGCUGCACCUAGAACAAGCGUCCCAUGUCGCGAGAACCUCUUCGGUAGAGGAUCCUUAUGGCCCUCGAAAAUGGCAUUCUCGCCUUGUACCGUUGUCGGGCAAGAACCGCGCCUUGAACGAGUUCUCGGUGGAAAGAGUUGGUGAGGCUGCCGACCAGAAUCUGGUCAUACUUCACGGUUAUGGCGCAGGCCUAGGAUUUUUCUACAAAAACUUCGAAGGCUUGUCGCGCGCUAGAGGGUGGCAGCUGUACGCCCUCGACCUCCUGGGCAUGGGCCGCAGCAGUAGGCCACCGUUCAAGCUCAAAUCCACGAAGCGUGAAGAGCAGAUCUCAGAAGCCGAAGACUGGUUCAUUGACUCGUUGGAGGAGUGGCGCAUCCAGAAGAAGAUUGAUCGCUUCACUUUACUUGGCCACAGCAUGGGGGGCUACAUGGCUGUUGCCUACGCCUUGAAAUAUCCAGGCAGACUCAACAAGCUUAUCCUGGCUUCUCCAGUCGGUAUACCCGAAGAUCCAUAUGCGGUCAAUGCAGCCAUGCCCGAGCCUGGAUCAUCCACUCUCGCCAACGAGAUUACUCAGGACCAAGACGAAACCGCGACGGCCACCAACGGAUCCAUACCCGAAUCAGCCAAAACCGCUCCAAGAGCUGAUAACAACAACUUCUUGAACGCUCGAACCAAAGCGGAAAAAGCUGCCGCCAAAGAUAAAGAUAGUGCAUCAACAGACUCGACCACCGCUCCUCCGCCGCGCAAACCCCUCGGGAAAUGGUUCACCUACCUCUGGGACGCCAACAUCUCCCCUUUUAGCCUGGUGAGAUGGUCCGGUCCUCUCGGACCACGCCUCGUAUCCGGAUGGACAUCUCGACGAUUCUCCCACCUCCCACCAGACGAAGCUCAAGCCUUACACAACUAUUCUUAUUCACUAUUCCGCCUACGCGGCUCCGGCGAGUAUGCGUUGGCAUAUAUCCUCGCACCGGGAGCAUUCGCGCGAAGUCCUCUCAUCCGCCGCAUCCACGGCGUAGGCCGCCAGUAUAUCUCCGGCAUCGAAGCUAAUGACAACAACCCCGUCGCUGGAUCGCCGUCUGAACCACAAUCCUCCUCUACGAAUGCCGAGAUCAAGCGCCGCGAAAAUGGCGUCCCGAUCGUACUGAUGUAUGGCGAGAAUGACUGGAUGGACGUGGCCGGGGGUUAUGCUGCAAAGGAGAAAAUUGAUCAAGAGAAGAGGCGGGUAUUGAAGGACGCGAGUGAGGAGGAGAGGCGGAGGGAUAAUGGAGAUAGUAAGGUGAUCAUCAUCAAGAAGGCGGGGCAUCAUGUCUAUCUAGAUGGAUGGGAGGAGUUCAACGAGGUUAUGAGGGACGAAAUGGAGGAUGUAAGGAGGAGAGAGGAGAGGGGCCGGUAG